CCGGAUCUCCUACCCCCUGUCGUAAGUCGUGAGCCAGGUCGUGCCCCGCCCUCGGUUUACACCAACAAUCAGACUCGAUCGCUAAUACUCGUUCAACAUAUCUUCCUGUGCUUCUGUCCUGAUUUUGGCUCCCUUCUUCGAUUGUCGUAUUCCCCACUCCCAGGCACGCCGAGGAAUCGCAGUUGCGGUGUUUAGAUCUCAUGCCGUCGUCGUUGAGUAGGUAUAGAGAGAUUGCCUACCAACUAAUAAUAUGUCGCGGCGCCAUCUCAGGCCCUGAGCAUGCCACAGCCUCUCUAAGCUCAGUAGUAGAAGUGAUGGUGUAAGUCUGUUCGCCUUCAGCCGCUGAGGAGCCGAGACGUCAGCAUACUCGAUCUAGACUCCCACUUCGGGAAAUUGAUUAUGCAACCUCUUUGAUCGGUCGCUCAUCAGAUUAGGGACGGCGAGGACGCUGUUGGUGCCAUACAGGGCAAUCGCAGCCCAUCUUGACGUAGAUUGCCAUCUUGACCGCGUAAUUAGUCAAGUAUGUGAAGCAAACAAUUGUUUUCACUAAUCCGCCAUGAAAUUCUGCUCAACCCCGUCCCUCCCUCUACACCCCUCCUCUUCUCUCCUCUCCAACCAACUGCUUUCCCGACUCGCGUCGCUUCAAACUUAUCAACCCCCAUAACUCAAGCUGUUAGAACCCAGCUCGGUAAACAAGCUGUUGCAACCAUGAGACCCUCUACCGCCCUUACAAGCCUUGCCUUCGUGGCGUCUGCCUUCGCCCAGGGCGUCUCUCCGCCCCAGAUGCCGGGCGUGAGCUCUCUGUCCUCGCGAGACCCGUUCCAGUGCUCGCCCGGCAAGAGCCUCAGCAUCUCCAUCGAUGCCGGCAAGCUCACGACGACGCUCCCAGAGCUGCAGUUCCAGGCCACGAGCCACGGCCGGACUGACACGUAUGCCGGCUGCCAGUUCAGGGUGGAGCUGAAUGACUGGUACUACCGGUAUCGCGUUGCCAUCUCGGGCGCCACCGUGAGGGGCCGGGCGAACUUGACCGACGGCGCGCAGAUUUACCAGUUCAACACCACCGCCACCUUCCGGCUGCAGCACCUCAAGAACCUCAGUCCCAUCACCCCGCCUGAGGUUACGAAUCUGUCUCUGUCUACUAUGCUUACGCAGCUGACGCCGGCGAAAAUCGGCGGAGACGGCAGCUUCACUGACGACUUUGAUGUGCCUGUGGCGUCGCCCGCGCAGCUUGUAUGGUCGCCGUGCUUCCACGGCACGGAGGGCAGCUCUCAAGAUUUCACCUACAUCGACUUCGAGGUCUCGGCUACCAGCAGCGACGGUACCGGCGAGGGGACUAGCCGGCUAGACUCGGGCUUGACUGUCGAUUGGGACCUCGCCUGGCAGGAGUGCGUGCCGGAUUGGGGUGAGACGUACUCCUGGGGCGAGCAGCGGGUGGAGGACUGGCAGACUUGCACGUACCGUUCGGAAAACAACCAGACCUUCCAGCGCUAGGACUCCUUUUUUGUAACCCUAGGUGUUAUAUCACACGCAGACCCGUAGACGCCCCGCGUGGUUCAUGAAGAAAGGCUGUAUGUGGGAUUGUUUCCCCGGCGCAUACCUAUCUUCGCAUCCUACGCAUUAGCCGGAUGCCUUACCUGCAGGCGAAUAGGCCGUAG